UUGCUCGCAGUGCUCGUGGCUGAUCGACGUAGAUUUUCGAGUGUUUUCAGUGUGAUGGACCCCGAGAGAAUGCGAUCAAAAUAAGAGUGAAAAGACUAAAAAUUAAUUGGAAUUUUCGACGCAAAUAUCGUUAAAUCCGGUUCUACCGGUACCAUUUUGUGUUCAAACCCAGGAAAUAGUUGGAUUGAAGUGUACAAGUGCGGUGAAAAAGUGGAUUCGUGCAUGAAAAGUUCGCCACAGCAAAGUGGAUUUGAACGAACACUGAUUUUGGGGCACUUCCCGAGAGUGGCACAGUGUGAGCCCCAUUUUUAUUUUUCUCAACGCAAAAGAGGUGUUAAAAUGGAAUAAGCUGACGGAGCAAAAUUGUGAAUGGUUGGUGAAGGGUACGGAGGUUGAAUUUUUACGGCCAGUGUCGGAACGAACGAACGUGCGGAACCAUGGAUGAUGAUAGUGCGACCAGCGGCGAUGGUAACCAUUCCCAGGCCAAGAAGACAAAACUUUCCGAUGACCACAAUACAUUGGAACUGCUGUCCACGACGGCAGUAGCAGGAACUGUGGCAAAUGUUGCGAAACAGUCUGACAUCACACAGCCACAGCAUCCAUCUUCGUCGGGGACGGAGCCCAUAGGACAAGACGACGGCGAUACCAAGAUGUCGGAGACCGACGACGUGGUUGCGAAGGAUACCGACGAGAAAUCCAAUCCACCACUAAACUCUCCUGAAGGAACCGAACCAUCGAAAAUGAGCGUAGAAGAUGAGACUGUAUCAUCGUCGCCGCUGCCGACAGAAGAAGAGAGCAAAAGCGUAACCGAGACCACCAAGGAAAGCUCUGCAACAGGCGAAGACUCCAAGGCUGUUGAAGACACGACAGAACCCAAAGCAACGACCUCAGGGGUAUCUGAUGGCGCAGUGGCAACAGUAGGGGAAGAGGAAGGCGCCGUUGCGGCUAACAGCGCUGUUGAUGGCGCUCCGGAGCUAGCUGCUGAUGUGCCCGCUGCAGCUGCAGCUGGAAGAGAAGGACGUCGCAAUCGUCUCAACAGACCGAGGUAUCGGUUCCGCGGUCGAAACUAUCGGCUGCGAUCGAACUCGUCCGGUUCGGAGAGAGGCGCCCAGGAUGACGCCAACGAAGAUCCGGACGUGGAGGCAAUCAUCAGACGGUUAGUCGAUGAGAUCAAUCAGGAAGUAAGUGAUGCCAAUGCUAGUCACGAUGACGAUGACACUGGCAACAAUGAUGACGAUGACGACGAAGACAAUGAUGCCGAUGGCAACAGUGAUACAUCGUCCGCCGAUUCGGAUGAUUCGGAUUCGUCACCGGCGGUUUCGGGCGUUGACGACGAUGACGAUAGUGAUGAUAGUGACAACGAAGGAGGAGCGGAAAACAAUGCCAACGAGCAGAUCGACGUCGAGAAUCUCCCGUUCAUGCAGAUUGGCAGUGUAAAAAACGGCUGGAACUAUUUCCGCGACAUACAACUCCGUCCGGCAGGGCUGACGUUCCGUGGCAAAUCCUCCGUCGGUGGGUUGGGCUACAGCCCGCUCGGGUUUCAGUCACGUGCCUAUGGGUCCAAACACCUGGUGGAGCGGCUGGACCUAUCCCAUCGCCUAUGCGAGCACGACGGUUGUGUCAACAGUUUGAAUUUCAAUUCGGCCGGAACGCUGCUGGCCAGCGGUUCCGAUGAUUUGAAGAUCAAUGUGUGGCACUGGCAGACAAACAAGCUGAUGCAAUCGAUCAGCAGCGGACACCGUGCGAACGUGUUCCAGACCAAGUUUGUCGACGCCAGCGGGUAUCGUGGCGAGAUUGAAAUUAUUUCAACGGGAAGAGAUGGACAGGUUCGUCAAACCCGAGUUGGGCCGGCCGGGGAGGUCACCCGUAACGUGCUGUUCAAGCAAAGUCAGGCUAUCCACAAGAUUGCCAUUCCGGCGCGGUGUCCGUACGAGUUCAUGACGGCUUGCGAAGACGGUGUGAUCAAGAGCUACGAUCUACGGGACAACGUGGGCAAGCGGGUCACCAAUGCCAAAAAGCGGCUCUACAGCAUCUCGACACAUCCGCUGGACAACGAGUUUUGCGUGUCGGGUAACGACGAAUCCGUCCGGGUGUACGAUCGACGAAACCCGUCGAAACCGAUGAAGUUCCAUUAUGCGGCCCACAUGAAAACCAAAAAGGACCAUUACACUGUGACUUGCGCCGUGUACAACAGCACCGGUACGGAAAUUCUGGCCAGCUGCAGCGACGAAGACGUCUUCCUGUUCGACAACGUGAACCACGAAGAUGGAAAGUUCCUCCACCGCUACAGUGGACACUGUAAUAUGAAGACUAUCAAAGGUGUUAACUUCUUCGGUCCCAAUUCGGAGUUCGUGGUCAGUGGAAGCGACUGCGGAAAUAUCUUCUUCUGGGAUAAGGAGACCGAGGUCAUCGUCAACUGGCUGCACGGGGACGAUUCCGGGGUUGUGAACUGCCUGGAGCCCCAUCCGGAGUUCCCCAUAAUGGCCACGUCCGGACUGGAUGAUGAUGCCAAGAUUUGGAUCCCAAAGGGAGCUGAUGAUCAGCACGAAUCGCCCGCCUUCACGCGCGAAAGCUUGGAACGGUGCGUGAGGCGAAACUUGCGGAACCGCCAGGCCAAUCGCUGUGCGUCGUCUAGCGAAGAUCGCAUUCUGGAUUUUCUCAUGUUCAGCCGGCAGGGAAUUGGUGGUCGCUUACGCCGCCCCUUUUCCUCGGACAGCGAAGAUCAAGCGGAUGGCGAUGGUAAUGGCGGAGGUGCCGGCACGGGAAACAGACGAAGCAGGGGCGGCGGACGACGAGGUCGCCGAGGCGGGGGCAGCGGCGAGGACGACGACCGGAUGAUCCUGCAGUGCAGCCAGUCGUAGUGUGGGGGAGGGGGAAUGCCCUCGGAAGGAGUUAACGUCUCAGUGCGUGUAAGUAUGAUGGUGAUUGAGACACAUUGUGAUUUUAGCGAAAGUUUUCUAAGGCGGUUAUCGUUCGUUGCCGGUGGCGAUCCUUUCGUGCACAUUUUGUGCUGAAAAAGUGAAUAAAAUGUACUGAGAGGGCAGUCUCGUUUGUUGUUAAUUUAAAAAUUUUGUUUAAGACUGUCAAGUUUUUAAGUUGCUGUUUCUAUGUUAUAGUCAAAUUUUCAUCUUAAUACCGUAAUGGGGUUUGAAGUGCAUAACGGUACUAAAUUUUCUCAAGAGCAGAUUGGAAGAUCUAUGAAUACAUUGCAUUUUUUGUACCUUGGCAAAAAUGCUACAGCUGCUGUAGUACAGCAGAUAGCAACAGAAGCAGUUAACUUGUAGCAAUAGUUUUUGCUUUUCAUUUCCCUCAUUUUUUCUGAACUUUUUGCCCAAACAGUUGAAGGGUAACUUGUAAAUGCAGUUUUAAGAGAAAAAUAAAAUACAUUUAUUGCUUAAACCAUUUA